UAAUUUUUAAAAUUGAAUAUUAAGCGGAAAAUAAUAAAUUGUAAUACGAUUCUUAGUUCAGAGUCAUUAAUUGAGUUGCCAUGGAAACUAUUCGUAUAAAUCUCUAGCAAACGAAACUAAUAAACUAAAAGUAUAAAACACAAUUAAUGAAAGCUUCAUUGUAGCGAAUACACUAAAUAAUAAUUUUAAUAAAAUAAGUUAUUUGAAAAGAAAGUAUUGGAAGUUUACAUAUUUAUAGAGUAAUAAAAUUGGGGAAAUAUUGAAUAAAAGUUGAACAAAUAAAAAUAUAUAUAUAAGAAAUAUAUAAAAUACAAUGGAGCGAAAGGAACAAAGAGUUGAACUCGGGGUUGGAGCAUUUCAUAAUCCACCACGAGCUCAGUACAGCGAAGAAACUCGACAACUUAUUAAAAUUUUGAUGGAAGAAUCAAAGUUAUCAAUGCUGCAAAGAAAGUCUAUACAAAAUGCAGUAAAUCGUGGGGAAUCAUUACCACCUAUUUCACGUUCAUCUUCUGCAACAGUUAAUCACACACGUGUAAUUCCAUCUUCAUAUUGGAAAAGAAGAUCUCAAGAAGUUAUCGUAAAUAGCGGAGCUUAUGAACGAGAACAAUAUAGACGUACUACACCAUUAUUGAAUAAAGAGAAACAGAAACGUCAUUUGGCAUGCAUGAUGGCAUUUGGCAAAGAUAUGCCAGAGACUCCCCAUGGUCCAGCGAUCCGUCAUAAGCCGAAAAAAGGUCCAUUACCUCCGAGUAAUGAUGAUAUUUUAGAUGACUUAACACGAGGUAUAAAAGAACGCAUUGAAUUCCUGCAUGACAUGGAACAUUUGGGUCUCGGCAAAAAGUACCAGCCAAUAAUUCACCAAGAGAUCGCGGAAAAAAUAAGAAUAAUUGAAUCAUUAGACGGUCACAAAGCUGCGGAAGUCGAAAGAUAUGUUGAAGGAUUUAAGUACAAGCAACCAUCACCAAAACCUUUUCCAUUGGGGGAACUUGACGAGUCAAUGAUUAUUCAUUAAAUUAAUUAUUGAAGACAAAUUCUAUCAAAAUAAAUUUUAAAUACAGAGUAAUAUUUUGCAACAAUCAGACCUACAGAGAUAAUUUUUUAUGUGAGAUGUAACCGUUUAUAUAAACUAUUUAUUUCGUGUAAAAUACUUCUGAUAACAACAAUGUAAACUAUUAAUAGAUGUAUUCAGAAAUACGAUGCCGAUGGUAGUAAGCUGUCUUCAUUGUCGAUUCACUUAAAACAAUUUGAGGUACGACUUCAUAUAUUAGAUACAAUUUUUUAAACUUCCCGCUGCAAUUUAUAAAUUA